AUGGACGCCCCAACCCCCAAGGCGAUUCUCACAUCCGACAAUUUCGCCCAUGCACAAGAGAUCUCACGGGCCACCUCUCCAGGUGGUGAGCCCGCCGCGUUAAACGGCGACGGUGAACCGAAAGCCCGCGUCCGACCGCGCACCUAUCCAUACUUCUCAUACCUCCCAUACCAAUUAGAAGAUGAAACAGAGCGGGAUCGGACUCUCCGAGAGAUCCUGAAACACCUGUAUGUCUCAGUAGAAGCGGGGGAUUUCAGCCCCGGAGCUGUGCACUGGACACGCGAGCUCAGAGGAUGGCUCUCGUUGAAAUUUGAUCCGACCCGAACGGAACGGAUCAGUCUUGUGAAGCUGUAUUAUGAACUCGCGUUGGCGCCAGGCAUCGAUCCAAAUGUCGCGGAGCGAUUUGCAAGCAUGUUUAUGCUUCUUACCAAGCGUAAGCACUAUUUGAGACCUGUAAAAGAUCUUACCUUGGAUUGGAAGCCUCUGUACAAGGAAGUUAAGGCAUUCGUUCUACCGACUGAGUCCGGUCUGGUCCACUCCACCAACCUCAAGCGCAAUGUGAAGACACUGACCAAGCUUUGCGCUUUUGCUCAACUUUUCAUCGACCCUUGCGAGCUGCCUGCAAUGUUGGAAGAGUUCCUCCCACACUACACCACUUCUUUUUCCGAAGGUGCCUUUGUGGUUGCUGGUUUAAUCAAUUUGAUGCUGCCAACAUCGCCUCCUCCUGCUAACCGCGGUGAUCUACUGCCCCAGAACUAUCUACCAACACACUUUCAUCUGUGGUCUUUGGUCGGUCGUUCAAAAACCUUCGACGCAACAUACCUGGACUAUCUCUCGCGAUUGGCUCGGGAUUCACUGCCAGCUGGUCACAUCCCAUUCUCGGAGCAUGGUAUCUUCACAAAUGAACAGUCCGGCCUUAUCUUUACCGGCGUUCUCAGACUGCUAGAGAUUCCUGUAGGACAAUCGACUUCACCAUACAGUGCACUAGUCGAUAUCUCUUCUGGUCUAGGAAUCAUGCUUGAUCGCGAUACGCGCAAGCACCCUGUGGCGCAUCACAUUGCUCGUUGGAUCGUGAUGUCUCUCUCACCCGCAUGUCUCGAGUCGGAGGACUCGAUUCUGAGCCAGCUGGAAGGUCUUAUCCAAGCUGUCGAGACAUUCUUCCAUCCUUCAAACUCUGGAAGCUGGACAAAGACCCUCUCGCAGCUCGUGUACUACCUAACAGAUUUCUUCGUGAUGCGUUGGAACCGAGAGCAGAGUGGAGAGAUGGAGGUUCCAGUUGAGCGUCGACUGACCGAGCCACUGAAACGUCGCUUCGUUCUGUGCCUCCGGGACGUAAUCUUCAUGGGUAUCUACGCCAAAAGCAGCACUGCCAUGACCUUCUCCUUAUCUACCCUUCAAGGACUUGCAUACCUUGAGCCACACCUCAUUCUUCCUGGCGCUUUACAGAGAAUCUAUCCCUCUUUGCAAGGCCUUGUGGAAGUUCACCGAACCACUUCCUCUCUACGCGCCAUGCAAGUAUUGUCUCGGAUUAUUACUCGAACAAGAGGAUACCGUUGCCACAUGACCACUCUCCUCGGCCUGGCUCUGCCCGGUAUCGAUGCUAAUGAUCUCGAGAAAUCCCUUCAUGCUCUUUCAUUCAUUCAAUCCGCGUGCUACAAUAUCCCUAUGGUCGAUAUGACCAAGGGCAGAGAAGACGUUAAUUGUAAUAUGUUGGCCAUGCAAUGGAUUAGUGGUGAGAUGGAGCGAAUGGAGGAACAGGGAUCUGAUGUCCAAUUGAAUUAUGACACAGAAUUGGACGAUGAGACGGAGGAGAUGAUUCUCCGCUCCUCGACCUGUGGUUUUGGUGACUUCACUAUCUCCUUCCUCGGUCGUGUUUUCACCUUGUUGGAAAAUCUGCCUGAUGUGACCAGAGUGCGUAAUGGUUCACCGGAGGAGAAUAUCGUCAACACUCUCCCUGCUACUUUUAUGCCUCUCCUAGCAUCUUUGUCCCCGGAGUAUUACGAUAUUGCACUGGGAAAGAUUGUUGAUUUUGUGUCGAAUCAUGUCAUUCACCAAGCACGAGAUGCCAUGGCAUUCAUUUGCAAUGCUCUCUGCAAGGUGAACCCUGAAAAGGCACUCAAGCGCUUCAUUCCUGUUCUGACUCAAGCCAUUCGCACCGAAAUCGAAGAAAAUGGUGCUGGUUCAACUCGAACUACCGGUACUGACGUUCUCCCUCGUGACCGGGGAUUGGUUUGGAACGUCAGCAUGUUGAGCAUGUGCGUGGUCCAUGUCGGCGAUUCUGUUCUUGCUCAUCGACAAGAACUGUUCGACAUUGCAGUUUACAUGCAAAAGAUGUGCCGAGGAAUCCCGACCGUGCACAUCUCAAAUUACAUUCACCACCUCUUGCUCAAUCUUACUGGCACAUACACUAGGGACUAUUCCAUGUACGAGCCAACCGAUGUCGAGGGAGCCCCCGGUCCCAAUCACUGGAGCUACAAAGCCGAUGUAAAUCAGCUGAACAUUCAUUGGCAUGUGCCAAAGAGAGAGGAGCUAGAAUUUGCGGUCGAGGUUUUCAAAGACCAGGCUGGAAGCGCUCUGAAACAUUUGUCUGGCUUAACGAAUGAGACAUCCAGUAUCAAGCGUGACGGCAGUGGCAAGGAGUGGUCAGAUGAAGUCACUCGUAACCUUGUGCUUUUGCGACUUCUCCUGUCCGGCAUAUCGGUACUCUUCGAUCCAAAGGCAGCGUCGAAGUCCUCGCCAGAGUACUCGAAUGGUGACUCUGCUGGCUCCAAAGAGUUUGAGAUGGCCGAUGAUUCGGCCAUGAAUGGUGAAGGCGACGAUGAGUCUGAAUCUUUCCUUGAUAGUUCAGACGAUGCAGCUGUUAAGGAAAGCUUCUCAUAUCCCACCGGAUAUCCUCUUGAGGAAGGGGACGUCCUUUUCAACACUAUUCAUGAAAUUCGUGAGCAAGCUGGUUGGGUCUUGCAUCUGGUGCACCGGUUCCUGUCUGAUAAGCAAGAGGAUGAUGUGCCAUGCUUUGGAGCCCUAUACUCUGCAUUCCGCUCUUGGUUUGUGGAUGUCGGUAUUGAAAGAUCCGCUCACGUCCUUGAUCGCGUGACACGACUCCUAGCUGCGGAUAUUCACCCAUACAAGAUGAGUGGUAUCAGGAAGGACUACCCAAGAGCACUGCUAGUACGUAGAGCCAACGUCUACCACCUGCAACGUCUCCGGCACAAUGCCGCUCCCCGGUCACGAUCCAAGCUCGAUGAACUUCUUCUCUUUGAUCUUGCUGAGUCAUGUGUGUCCCUUUACACCGAGACACGCCGCAAUGCGCAAAAUGCUAGCGAGUCAGCCCUCAAGUGCGUAUGGGGCGGACGCACUCUCAUAAUUCCCCCUCUUCUCAAGGCGCUGCAGACUGGUGUCAGAGAGAACGAUUAUGCACGUAUCAAGGGAGCCUUGUUCUCACUGCUGUUGAGCAGCGUUGCAAAGACAGCUGGUCGGAACUGGAAAUACACACCCGCUUUGAUCAGAACUUUCCUUGACGCCAGCGCAGUCGAUAAGCCAUCUGUGCAAAAGAUCUGUUCCAGUGCCAUUUUCCAAAUCAUGGACUAUGGCCGAUCCAUGGAGCGGAUGGCUAUCUUAGAUCAGAGCAUUGUGGAGGCGAUUGCGCCAAGCAGCGAUGUCACUGAAGAUAUUGAGCAAAAGCGUGUAGCCAUCAACAAUAGACGUGCCAAGAUCGAGAAGAAGAAGUCUGAGUUGGCCGAAGAGCUGGUCGACUUGGCUCGAAUCUCUCAUUGGAAGAUUGCGAGCCGUGCCGCGACUAUUGUUGUCACCAUGGGUCUGCGGUUCGAUUAUGUCGCCAGCGAAAACUUGAUCAACUUGGUGACUCAGGGUGCCAUUGAUGAUCAUCCUGGUCUCCGUGGAAUGUAUUCGCAGGCACUCAUUGCGCUUUUCACUAUGAUCGACGUUCGUGCUAUUUGCAGCCAUGAGUACAGGAAUUACAUCCUUGGGCACCAGCGCUUCCCUGCAAAGAUCAAGGUAGCAACUAACCCAUAUGAGAAGGAUUGGACCCAGGAGUACUUGUCCAGCUUUGCUAAGCCUGAAGCCGAAUACUACAUUGAUCAUGAUUUCCCCGGUUGGUUAGUAUGGGGCAAGACAAUGCCUGCAUACAAGUCGAAUGUGCAACGAGACAUUGAGUAUGAUGACGUGGAGUGGAAAGUACGAACUCAUAUUGGUAAAUUGUUCACUCGUGAGUGGUUCGCCAAGUUCUUCAUCUACUUGAAGCAGGAGCCCAGAGAUCCCUCUGCGGAUAAAUUCCGCAUGUCUUCCGCUAUGAUGCUUCUCUACGCCUUUGAACUCAUGCUUCGAGACGGUCUUACCACUGCUACCUUCAAGGACAUUCAAGAAGAGAUUCAAAAUGUUUUCGAGGAUGGUAGCGAUAAGCACCAGCACCGUGCCACUGCAGAGAUUCUUGGAGGUUUGAUCAGUUCUGUGACAGACGGCAGUGUGGAGAAGCGCACCCAGGUCUGGGAAUACGCUUUCCCCAUUGUGCGAAAGAUCUUCACAGAUGGUCUUACUCCUGAAAAUUCAGGAUACUGGACUACCUUCCUUCACAUGAUCCUCCAAUGCCGCGAUCCUCGACGUGCCUGGCCUCUAGUAGAUUGGCUGGCCAGCUUCCGCUUAGAUAUGACGACAAACGCCGCUUUCAAGGAGAGCUCCAAGAUCAACCUCUUGCACCAGUGCAUCAUUGACGCCGGCUGGCACUUCCAGCUUGAUAAGCCAAUUGUCGAGGACUUCUUAGGACAUCUGGAUCACCCGUACAAGGGUGUGCGAGAAGCUAUGGGACAAACCUUAGCUACUAUCCACCGUACAAGAUACCACGAGUCAUACCCAGAUCUCCAACAUCUGCUUGACGCUCAGAAGGCAGCAUCGUCUGUCGGUACCUACCCGUACCGUCCCACUGAAGAGUUCUCCAAGAUGGUCCGUAGCGUCUUUGCUCGCAUUGAAGCGUGGCGGCAUGAGCGAACUCCUGGUCAACAGACACCAUCUUCCUACACAUCUGGUAGUAAGACCGUGCUGCUCUGGUUGGACUCCACAUUGUCUUCUCACGAGUGCACCCAGCUAGUUCCAUUCUUCCCUGAUGUGUUUACCGCGCAGCUUCUGCAUAUGAUGGAUGUCAAGGAAGAUCCUGAACUGCAGUCUCUCGCAUACCACGUUUUCCGCCAUCUCCCUAACAUCCCCUACCCUGCCGAGAAGAGUUCUGAAUUCAUCCAGUCUCUCAUCCGCAUCGGUCAAACCUCCCCCUCGUGGCAUCAGCGUCUACGUGUCAUGAUCAACAUUCAGAUCAUCUACUUCCGCCGACUUUUCCUCCUCGUCUCUGCCGAUCGCGAUAAGCUCUUCGAGUGUAUCGCAUCUAUGCUGGAGGACUCCCAGCACGAAGUGCGCGCUGGUGCAUCAGCAACUUUAUCCGGUAUGAUCCGAUGCUCUCCCGUGUAUCUUCGGGACAAGAUGGUGCACCGCUUCCAGGAGCGAUUCACCAAGCUUCUCGCAGACAACCCUCUGCCUAAGAAACCUAAGAACUUCCGCUCCGGACUCUCCUCUGCUGUUUCUUCAGGCGCAGGUACUCCUACACCCGAACACAACCGUCUCGUCAUUGUUCGACACGGUGCUGUUCUAGGUCUCGGGGCUCUUAUCCAGGCCUUCCCUUACAACAGUCCUCCACCACACUGGAUGCCCGAGGCAUUGACUACACUCAGUAUUCGCGCUGCUCAUGAUCCCGGCGUUGUUGGCUCUAGCGUGAAGUCGAUUAUAAGUGAAUUCAAAAAGACCCGACAGGAUACCUGGCACAUUGAUGCAAAGGCUUUUACUGCAGACCAAUUGGAAGAUCUAUCUGGUGUUUUGUGGAAGAGUUACUUCGCGUAA